UUGCUACUGCUUCCUCCUCGCGCUCUUACAACAGUCGAGGAUCUCGCGAGGGCUGCCUGUCUCUGCGCAGCACACCAGAAGUUGGGCCUCCGGGAGCAAUCCUCCUCCGUUCGAUGCCCGCGAUUUGUGGCCACCUAUGGAUCACCGCGGUUCUUUUUUCUUCUUUCUGGUAGUUUUCUACCUGCUUCUGAGCUCGCAGUCGCAUUCACCUCUGGUCUCUCAGGAUGAAGAGCACCAAAGAGAGCUUGUGAGGGAGCGGAACGCGCUUCACAUGUUGAAUGAGUCUAAGUAUGGCGACUUCGAUCCGGGAACCGACCGAUGGCUCCCAUUUUCGGGUGUCAGGAAGAACGAUAGCUAUGCUUGGGAUCUUCUUCCAGAUGUUCAGGAUAGAGCUCGGUUUCAGCUGCGGUCCACCAUGGCAGAGGCGGGCUUGAGGCCUCCCAAGGCCCUUGCCGUGCCUGACGCCUUCUCCGGUCUUAACUUGACCCAAUUACUCCUCCCAGUCUAUCGUAAUGCGACCGGUAAGCUGCGCGGGGAAUGGGUACGCCGUAAACAGAACAAACAACAUGCCCUAUUGAACACGACUGCAAUUGCACUGGAGAACGAAUACUUCACGCAUGAGUUCAGUCACAAUGUUACGGGGGAUAGUGGCACUUUCUACCUUGAUCUCCGGGAGGGCGGUGGUGAGGAAGUCCAAUUGCCCGAGGGCCAGGUUCGGGAGAUCCGAGCAACUUUGGCUGUGGAGAGCGGCGAUUUCUGGGGUAACACCUGGUAUUUGUCGCUGUAUGGUGUUCAUUUCCCGGAGACGGGUGCUAUCAUCUUGACUACAACCAGCGAGAAAUUUGGUGGUGUAUUCGCAUUACCGCAUCUGAUGCUAUCGCCAGACGCAUACAACCUCACCCACCAGCUUCUCGUCAAAUCCCUCUCGGACACUAUAUCUGAGAAGCAGAAUCGACCUCCUACCCUAUUUCCUUGGUCCUCACUUGUCGGGACGGAGCAGGUGGAAUACCCUGCUCCAAAAUGUGAACAUAUCGUCUACCUCCAGCUGCAUCCCGUCGCGAUCCAUGGCUACCUUACAGAUAAAACGAUCAUCGAGCAGAUAGAACAAGAGCUGAGAUAUCCAAUGGGAGCCCCCAUUCCGUCUCCUCCGCCCUUAGUUAUGUCAGCCGUCGUGUUCUCGCCGGAUUGUGGGUACAUUCUAGAGACUAAGGGAGCUCCUGACUUCCCACCGACAGAAGCACUCUAUCUAUCGGGGCCGAAGAUGGAGGAAUUUGGCAGAUUCUCUGCUCGUAUCAUCUUUAUGAUCUCGGCCUUUUCUGUUGGCCAGAUCGCAUUACUAUUGCGUCAAAUCAAAGAAGCAUCCACGCCAUCUACUAGGAGCCGGAUCAGCUUCUACACGAUCGCGCUCAUGGCGUUCGGCGAUUCAUUCGUACUUGUUUUCAUGCUACUAGAGCUUUAUCCGGCCGUUUCUUUCCUUGUUAUGACAACAGCAUCCUUCUUGACCUUCCUCUCGGUCAGUUAUAUCGGAAUGAAAUUCAUGAUGGAAAUCUGGGCAGUCCAGGCCCCGGAGCGAAGAGAACAAGAACGUCGACCGAAUCCUACUACGCGAUCAGGAAACCUUCCACUCCCUGCUACUACGACUAGAGUGACUGAUACUGGCGCAACGCCUAUCAUUUUGACCCCCGACCAGGACCCUCCAUCAGAGGAAAACGAACCUCCUGCGAAUCGGGGCGCCACGCCGACUGCGCAGGAUACACGAGGUGAUGUCGGUGCCAUGUACGCCCGCUUCUACUUUAUUUUGUUUGUCCUCCUCAUCAUAUCUGUCUGGUCUUUCAUUUGGCCAAACCGUAUGGGAGCCAUAUAUGCUCGGACCCUCGGAUUUGUAUAUCUAUCCUUCUGGGUACCCCAGAUAUAUCGAAAUGUUAUGCGCAAUUGCCGCAAAGCACUGCGCUGGGAAUUUGUGGUUGGCCAAAGUUUCCUUCGACUCUUUCCAUUUAUCUACUUUUUGACUGCACGUGGGAAUGUGCUUUUCAUUCGACCCGACUCGACCACAGCCCUGGCACUGGCUGGGUGGGUGUGGGUUCAGGUUUGGGUAUUGGCUAGCCAGGACAUUCUGGGACCCCGUUUCUUUGUUCCUAGUGGGUGGGCGCCACCCGCCUAUGACUAUCACCCUGUGCUACGCGAUAGCUCUGGAUCCGGUGAUGAUCUUGAGUCUGGCGGAGUCCUUCCAAUCGGGGCCUUGAGGGCUGACGAGCGGGAAUACUCCAUGGAAGCCAAAGAUGAAGAUAAGCAACGGGCGAAAGAUAAGAAGAAGGCAGUAUUUGACUGUGCCAUCUGCAUGCAAGAGAUUGAGGUUCCCGUUCUUGCAGCUCCGGGCGGUGCUGGCAGUAGCAGCAUGACGGACGGGGCCACGAGUCUCCUCAGCCGACGGACAUACAUGGUCACCCCAUGCCGGCAUAUCUUCCAUAGUACCUGUCUCGAGAGCUGGAUGCGACUUCGAUUGCAGUGCCCCAUUUGCCGAGAGUCUAUUCCACCAGUGUAGGCUAAUGGGAAGCACAAACUGUACCUGUAUAGUCUGCAUGGCCGAAUUAUUCACAGAUCUCCGGGGCCCUUAGGUGGCGGACAUAGACGUUAUCAUUUGUACUAUAUUCUCCUAGCUACUGAUACCGUGAGUGACAGGUCAGCUAGCAAGUAUAUCAGUGUUAUUAAGCACCGAUCCGAUGUAUGAUGGCAAUAGGGUAUGAAUACUUGAUAGAUAGGUUUGCAGAGAUAUCAUGAGGAAUCGUAAACGUCUGUCCAAGCAGAGU